AUGUCUUCUGACCUCGAUUUUGAGGACAAGUCAUGUUGGUUUGCAUUUAAAGAGCGAGAUCAUGAAGAAGCUGUUCGCCUACUACCAUUAGUGAAGGAACCAAAGAGAAUUAAAAGAAAAUAUAUAAUAUGGGAUAAUACUAGUUUACUCCACUUUUCUUCAAAAAAUGGCUGGCUAGCUGUUACAAAAGAAUUGGUCACCAAGUAUCACUGUGACCCACACGAAAGAGAUGGUACAGGCCAGAGCUGUCUUCAUUAUGCUGCACAAUGUAACCAUGUUGAUGUGAUGAGGUAUCUCAUUGAUGAGUGUCACUGUGAUGUAAUGGCCGUUGAUUGGAGGGAACGAACACCUCUUCAUUUGGCUGCUGAUUUAGGCCAUUCUGAAGCUAUUGAAUGCUUACUAUCGACUCGUAAAUGUGAUCCACUGGCUAAAAAUGAUGAAGGGAGAACACCAUUACAGCUAUAG